AUGGCGAAACAGACGCGAGGUAAAACCGCCGGUGAGACGCCGGUGGAUGCCGAGCUGACGUACGACGAGACGCAGAAGAUGUACUUCGACGACGCCGAUCGUAGACAUCCGGCGCCGUGGGGUCGAAGCGAUGAUUUGCGUUUGAUUUUGUUGAGACACGGGAAGUCGGAUUGGAGCGACGGGACGCUCACGGACAAGGAGCGGCCGCUCAAGGGGCGAGGGCGGAAACGGGCGAAGCUGGCGGGUGAGUUCAUUCGAAUCAUGGGUUGGAGUCCUGAUUUAGUCAUCACGUCGGACGCGAUGCGAUGCUUGGAGACGGUUGAGUGCGUUGACGUGAGCGUCGACGCGAGAGUAGUGUAUUCGACGGAAUUGUACGACGUAUGUCACGGCGACGACGUAUCUGGCGAGCGAAGUGCCGAGGUCAUCGGCCGUAAGGUGAUGCGUGAGGUUGAUAAGGAUGAUCCAGAGAGAACUGUCAUGUGUGUGGGGCAUAAUUUCGGGUUCGAACUCGCCGCGCGCGUACUCGGAACAGGUACGGAGGAUCUGACGCUCAAGACGGCCCACGCGGCGCUUCUGACCGCGAAUGGAAGAGGAGGCAGAGUGUUGACGUAUCAGGUACAAGGAGUCCGCACAGAAGAAGGCGACAUAACGCGCCACUGUCCGGUGUGGAAAACGCAGAAUGAAGCGGCGAGUGUGAUCUUUGGUAGUCACGAUGAUUGUCUCAUGCGCGUCACGAUGCGAGUGGAGGACGUGCCAGUCGUCGACGAUGCGUGGCGGGAAGCUUUCCGACACCCCGGCGGUUUCCGACUCCAUCGCGUUCUUGAUCCGGACUACGCAUCGAAGACAUGCACGAUCGAGGGUGAAACACGGCUUCUCAAUGCGCACACGAUGGACCUCGAGUACAACGUGCGAACCGUUAUCGAAAUGCUUGAAAUGGAAAUCCGCAUUAGUAGAGGCAAAGCGCCUGUCAUCAUCUUACAGGGACUCGUCGAGCAGUUAUGUCGGGAAACGGGAUCUUACCGUGUGUGA